AUGAGCAAGAAAAACGAAAAAUUGAAUGUGAUUUCAUCUGAGCCAGUUGAAUCAAUUGAUGAAACUCCUGCAAAGAAAGAGUCUCCAGUGCCAGCAAAGAAGGAAUCUCCGAUUCCAAAAACUGAUGUUGCCAAAGAGAAGCAUGAUAGCACUGAAGAAGUUCCAAUCAAUGAAUCAGAAGAACAAGCUCCUGUUCAACCACCAAGACCAGUUGAUCCAAUUGAACAAAUAACCAAAGAUUUAAAGGAUGCUUUCCCUAACAUAGAAGAUAAAAUCAUUACUGCUUGUUUAAUUGCUUCUCAAGGUAACCCUGAUCCUGCAUUCAAUGCGCUCUUAUAUAUCUCUGACCCUUCAUUCAAGCCAGAAAUUCCUGCUCCUCAAACUAGUUCUAGUACUACCAAAUCUGUUGAUACAACUAAGACAUUAACUGAUGACGAAUUGUUGGCUAGGAAAUUGCAAAAGGAAUUUGAAUUGGAAGAUGAUAGAAGAAGACGUGCAGCCCGUAGGAAAGGCAGCCACCCUCAACCAAAGCAAUCAAGAAGACAUUCAGAAGACUUUGAUGACAGUCCAGAUGAAUUUGAGCAAAUUAAAGAAACGUUUUCCCAAGGAUUAGAAGAAGCAAGAACUACUCUUAAUGGUUGGGUUAGUGGAAUUGCCAAGAAGAUUGAUGGUGUAACUAAUUCCGCCCCACCAAAGGUUCCUAGCAAGGAAAAUCCUAAAUUGUUUGGUGCAUUGGGAGGUUCCUCAUUUGAGAAUAGAAGAAGAACAACUAAAUUUGACGAAGAUCCAGAGAUUCUCACUAAUGACUUUCAUGACAAGAUUCAAUUGAGCAAUAAUGAUGAAGGAGAUGAGCAUGCUCCACCCAAGCCAGCUAGACCAAGUACUGAAGGAAAGAUUCCACAACCAGAAAAUGAAGCUGGUAAGAAAUGGCAACCUUUGGAAUCAGAAGUUCCUGCUAGUUCGGAUGCUUUCUUGGUUACUGAUAGUGAAGAUGAAGGUGACGAUGCUGUUGCUGCUGCUGAAACUGCUCCAGUUCCUCCUUCAAAGACUUAA